UAUGUCUACAUAAGGUCCCUGGCUGUAGUGGUCUGCUGUCGAUCUCCUUUGCACCAUGAAGGUGUUACCCAUCCUGGUGUUGCUGUCUUCGGUGGCGCAGCUUUGCAGUGCUACUCCAGUGGAGCCGUUAACAUGCAGCGAGGACAAUGCUGCUACAGCAGCACAUUUUGCAAUGCAUCACAUCAACAUGCACCAUCAUCAUGGCUACAAGUUCAGACUCAGUGAGAUCCAAGGCAACAAAACCGAAAAGGUUGAUGACGGCUGUAACAUUGAACUGCAGUUGGACCUUCUGGAGACAAAAUGCCAUACUGUCAACCCCAAACCCUUUGAAGACUGUGAGCUCUGGAGCGAGAGUGACCGGGCGGUGAUAGCCAACUGCACUGUGAUGAUCAGUGUAAAAAAUAGUGAUGCCAAAGUCACCAAAUACAAUUGUGACACACGACAAGUACUUACUAACAGCGAGAUGGCGAGUAUCUGCCCAGACUGUCCUGUCCUGGUUGCACUCAAUAACACUAACGGUCUUAGGGCUGUUGAUAGCAUUGUGAAAACUUUCAACAAGAACACCAGCAACCAGCACUACUACAUCCUGCACGAAGUAGGACGGAUACUUACUGGGUACAUUCCCGGCUUAGGGAUGAAGUAUAGACCCGAGGCUGUCCUUGUGGAGACUCGAUGCCCGAUGGGAUCCAGAAUAGCUAUAGAGGCAUGCAAACCCCUCUGUCCUGACAGAGCUCAUCAUGCUCUCUGCAGUGCAUCCUCUAACAGUAUGGGCGUACUUGGGGAUAUGGAUUGUGAAUUCUAUCCUCCAAAGAACACUACUGCCCUUGGCCCUGAUGAGAAGGAGCCUGUAUGUAAGCCCCAUCCUCAUCAUGGGGGACAUUUUGAUCCUCCUGGCCCUCCUGGGCAUGCACACAGAAAAGGGCCUCCUCCCCAUGCUCACGGUCAAAGUGACAAUGGUGGUAAAGGAGGUAAACAUAAACAUGAUCAUGAUCAUGAUCAUGAUCAUCUUCUUAGGGGACAUCCUGAUCCUCCUGGCCUUCCUGGGCAUGCAAACAGAAGAGGACCCCCUCCCCAUGCUCACGGUCACGGUCACAGUCAUGAUCAUGGUCAAGGACAUGGUCAUGGAUCCCCUCCCCGUCCCCAUGGUCCCCAUGGUCCCCAUGGUCCUCCCUGCCAUGGAGUAUUGACCAAUGUUGACCCAGCUCUCCACCCCAUUUGCCCCUGGCCUCAUCCUGAACCUCCCGCUAACCCAAGAGAGAGCUAGUCUAAGACACACACCAAUGUAAAAGAACCAUGUACCACCUGUUACUAUGCAGAAGAAUUGUCUACAGUCUCUAUUGUAUGCAAAAAAUGCUACAAUCCGUGACAAAACAAGUGAAAUAAAUCAUUAGCGUCAGUCUCUGU